CUUGUUAUUUACAUGUAACAUAAGGCGAAUAUCUCGACAAUUCAAUCAUUUCACCAAGAUGGGCUUGAAAGGUCCAAAACCGGUACCAUUUUUAGGUAACUCUAUCUAUUGGCUGCUUAAACCUCGAUGUUUUUUGGACAUUGAGUGGGGCCGCAAAUAUGGCCAGAUAUACGGAAUAUAUGACAGCAAUCAACCAAUAUUAGUGGUGACCAAACCGGAACUGAUUAAGAAGAUUGUGGUUAAGGACUAUCACGUGUUCAUCGAUAGACGGAUGCGACCGACCAAUCAUUUCCUCUAUCGAGAGAGUUUGUCUCACGCGCGGGGAGACAACUGGCGCCGUAUCCGCUCGAUAGCCAGCCCUACGUUCAGUUCGGCCAAAAUACGCAAAAUGUAUCCAAUAGUCAGACAGUGUUUGCGGGCACUCAUGACACACGUGGUGGACAUGGAGUGCGGCGAUUGUGUAGACCUCAAGAAGAUGUGCGGCAACUACACGAUGGACGUGAUCGCCGCCGUGGCCUUUGGCACCGAUGCCAACGCACACAACGACCACUCGUCGGCGUUUGUGACGUCCGCCCGACAGAUACUGGACGUAGACUUUGUCCGCACAAUCAUUGUAUUGCUUUUGCCAAAGUUUGUGGUGAAGGCAAUCGGCUUAAAAUCUCGAGUCCCGGAAACGGCCCAUCAGUUCUUCGUGGAUAUCGGCCGACGGCUUAUAAACGAGCGUAAGUCCGAUCCGGACAGUCAUCGCAAGUACAACGACUUCAUACAGUUUCUGGUGGACGCCCGGCCCGAUGGGGACAGGGAUGCGACCCCUGCGGCGGCCGAUGUGAACGCAUUCAAUGAAAGCGAAGAGGAACUGGCGAUUAGACGGCAAAUGUUGACCACCGGAGCCAAGAAGCACACACUGACUGAUGAUCAGAUCGUGGCUCAGGCGUGGAUUUUCUUCCUGGCCGGCUAUGACACCACAUCCACAACACUCACCUACUGUUGCUACGAAUUGGCACUCAAUCCCGACAUACAGCAGCGCCUAUACAAUGAGGUGAUGGCAUCGGUAGACUCCGAGGGAGAGAUUGGUUACGACGAGUUGAUGGCAAUGUCUUAUUUGGAUGCCGUACUCAGCGAAACACUGCGAAAGUAUCCGGCGGCGAUUAAACUUGAACGCCGAUCGGUGGCCGAGUAUGUGUUGGGCGACACCGGUAUCACUUUGCCCGCCGGUCAGGAGAUAGAAAUUACCACUUAUGCUAUUCAUCACAACCCCGAGUACUAUCCCGACCCCGAAAAAUUUGACCCUGAGCGAUUUAUGCCCGAAAAUAAGCAUAAUAUCCAGCCCUACACUUACCUGCCAUUUGGCGCCGGCCCUCGUAAUUGCAUCGGUAUGCGAGUGGCGCUAAUGGAGGCCAAGCUCUGUGUCGUACAUCUGAUCCAGAAGUAUAUGUUUCUAAGAAUACCGAAGACAUCGGUUCCCAUAAAGUUUCAAAUAUCAAUGACAACUCUCUCUCCGGGCGACGUUCACAUCGGCUUCACUAAGCGUUAGGCAGUUGUCUGGAAAUAUUUAUAAACAAUAAAUGUACAAUUAUUUAUUGUUGAU